CACAGAUGCCCUGAUGACACCUAAUUUCCUUCUCAAUAAUAAACAGGAUUAUUCCCGUGCGUGGGGAACUUGAUUUGAAUGUACUCAGAAAGCGGUUUAAGUUCUCAUUCAUUUGUUGCUAUUUCGAUAUAAUGUGCUCGUUAGCAUUGUCGACGCCUUCGACGUCUGCACCAGGCGCGUCAAAAGAUGGACCAUGUUCGUUAGCAUUGUCGACGCCUUCGACGUCUACACCAGACGCGUCAAAAGAUGGACCAUGUUCGUUAGAAGAGGUUCGUCAUUUUCAGCAAGCCGAUCGGAUCGAGCACUGCGCCCCUAUCGAGGGCUCCGAACAUCAUAUAGUGCUCUAUCAGCUCCCUUACAAUCCGAAGGGUACUGAAACACCCGUGCCACAACAGCACCCGCGUAUUGAGCUGCUGGAGAAAGUGGAUUUCGGGUUUGCAUCGGCGUUCGAGGACAGCAUGACGUGCCGGUGGGCGCGGGUAUGUCGUAUGCUCGAUGACACGAUCUUUGACUCUCGGAAGCUUGAGGCAGUUAUACGCUCCUACAACCCAGCAAUAAAGCACGGUGACACCCAGUUCAAGGCGCUGCAUAUCCUACUCGGCAAGCAAUGCGAGUUAAAUGAGCGGAACACCUUCUUCGGGACAACACUGCCUAAAAUCGUGAAGCUAGCCAGGCGGCUACCUGAGCUCUUCCCCGUGUUGUUGCCCCGCCUUAUGGCUGGCAGCAACCUUGCCGUCUCUAUGAGUCAGGAACAGGCCGCCUGUCUACUGGCAAACGCUUUCUUAUGUACCCUGCCUAAUCCUAACGAGCAGAUGCCUGGUCCGACCAUUCGCUUCAGCAAUCCUAACUUCGUUGCUUUGUAUGGCAGAGGAGAACCAGCCGCAUUGCAAAAGCUCAAGUGCUUGCUUAACUACCUGCGGCGCGUUUGUAAUCGUAUGCCGAACGGUGUCCUAACGUACGAACGUCGAUCGCUAGAUAAGCGGGGGAAGCUGGUGUGGUGGAACGCAACAUCACCCACAUUCAGCCGAGAGCGCGGGCCGUUGCGCGUGUCCGUCGGAGGAAGUAUCGAUGGUCCAUCCGCUGACGGGCUGCUACAGAUGAUUUUCGCCAACCCGCGCGUUGGAGGGGGCGUGAUAGGCGCCGGAUGCGUCCAAGAGGAAAUUCGGUUUGUGAUAAAUCCGGAGCUUCUUGUCGCGCGUAUUCUGUUCGAAGAGCUUCAGAGAAACGAGGCGUAUUUCGUGUACGGUACGGAACAGUACAGUGCGUUCAGUAGCUACGCGGCAUCAUUCCGUUAUCGGGGCAACUAUAACGAUACGCGGUCCCGCGAUUCGAGUGGCCGGCGUCGCUGCUAUAUUGUCGGUUUGGAUGCAUUGCAGGUGGGCAGCGAUCCGGACCAGCAGUAUUGCGAGGUGGCUAUUCGACGCGAGCUACGCAAGGCAUAUGUGGGCUUUAAGUCCGCGCUCGGCGAUGCAGACACACCGGUCCCUGGUAUCGCAACCGGGAACUGGGGUUGCGGUGCGUUCGGGGGCAACGUUCAGCUGAAGGCUCUACUCCAGCUGAUGAUGGCUUGCAUAACCAAGCGUCCUUUGCUCUACUUCACAUGGGACGAUGCCGAGUUACGUGAUGACCUUGUUGCAAUGUAUAAUGUGCUUACAGCUCACAGCGUACCUGUGGCGACACUAUACGACAUUCUCGUGCGUUACCAGACGGAGCGGAACACUAAUCAGGACCUCUUUUCUUUCAUACGCCAACAACUAGCUGAACUUUGAGUACCCUCUUUUUUAGUGUUGGAAUCAGAUUUUUCGAAAUAAUUUUAUCAGCCAAAAGGUUGUUUGGAGGUCGAUUGAAAUUUGUACAGUGACAUUGUUUUACUUCACUUUAUUACUCUUUAUUUUAUCAUGUUGCAUGGUGUCCUACGAGCAGGAAUUGUUAAUGCAUGUGGGAAAUGCUAGACGAAACAUUAUGCCUAAUGCUAGGGGCUUGUAUUUAAUAAAAAACAGAAGCGCUGUAUAUGUAUUGUUAUUAUGUAUAUUGUUUUUCAAAUUUAAUAGUCGAAUAGUCCGUUUGAUUUCGUGCCUUAAUACUUCUUGCAUCUGUUUCGUAUCUGCUAACAGUCGCGAUAAAGGUAGCCAAAAUGCGACACCUAAACUUCAAUGGUUUUCGUUGCUUAUUGAAGAUCAUAACAGGUAACAGAACAUACAAGUUUAAUCGAAUAUUUCUUUUGGAACUAAAAAACUGAGUAAACCAUGAUGUUUAACAGCGCUCCACCGGCAACAGUGGAUUGGGAUCAUUUUUAAAUAACUAGCAUAGUGUGAAUGUUAAAUCACACUCCUAUUGAAGACAAACAAGUAAUGUACAAUAAGUUUCGAAACCUACCUUACGUAACUAUAGCACCCGGUCGUGCUGGUCGGUAUAAAUCGGCUUCAAGUUCCAUGGCGGCAACAGGCUCGGUAAUUGUGACGAGCUGAUCGGACUGGAUUCUACCGA